AUGUUUAACGAUGAACGGAAAAAGCUUAAUCGUCUUUCUCGGAGAGUUUCUGGCUCUGGGGCUAUAAAAAAGCGCACUAUUAACAGACUUGCAGCUAAAACUCUUUCAAAAAAUAUUAAACAUGCGAACACCCCUGCGUCUAAUUCACUUCGACCAGGAUUUUUCAAAAGUGCUGAGUUUCCAGAUGAAUUUUUCAAAACUUGUGCCGAAAUAAAUGCUGUCACUUCCCUUCAUCCAGAUGGAAUUGCACGUCUGCAAAAACAUAUUCAUUUUGUUACCACGGCUCUCGUUCAAAGAACUAUUCGAUUCAUGGAACAAAAUCGUCGUGGUGCACCUCAUCUUUCAGACAUUGAAUCAGCAGCUAUUGCAAUGGGUUUGGAAGUUCCUUAUGGAGCGGCUUCUGGGGAAUUAAUUCCUAUUAGAAAUAAUGUACGUACAGUUCCCGGUACCCCAAAUAAGACCCUUCUGAUAAAAAAGGACGAGGAGGUUGAUGUUCAAGCUCUUCUUCGGCGGCAAAUUAAUCCAGUCAUUUAUGAUGUCAGCCUUUCAGUACACUGGCUUUCAAUCGAAGGCGUCCAACCGGCUUGUCCCCAAAACCCAUCACCAGCUUUUUUGAGUAAAAUGCAGAUGAUUGCCGGGACUCAGACGCACAAAUCCAUUCCUCCUGGUCAAAUAUCAGGUACCUUAUUGCCCAAGGCUGGCGGUGAUUCCCAGGCAACUGGAGAUGAUAAAGCACGGGUUGAUGAGCGGACACGAAAUGCAGCAUUCUUGGAUGCCCUUCACAUUGACCGUUACCCUUCGGAGAUUAGCCUCGAGAUGAUGGGCUUCUUUAGGGAGCUGACGGAGGGAAUUGUUGGAGCUAAUGAAUCUCGACGAAAGGAUGCACUCGAGAAUGCUCUGGUGGACACUGGCAUACAACCUCUUGUUCCUCAUCUCAUUACCUUCAUUACGGAGGGGGUGAGUUUAUUUUUUAGCAUGUUAUUUUCGUCAGGGGUGGUUAAUUGA